AGUGGUAGUUGGGAGUUCUUGCACAAGUUAUUUAUGGAGGGAUGGAAAAGGUCGAAAUUUAUAGAAUUAAAACCACCUUGCUUGAGCGUGCAAGAAAACUUUAGUUGAGUUUUAGAGCUUGCAAGUUUUUAGUUAGACCCAUUUUAACUGAUCUAGUAUCAAAUGUAGUUGUUUUCCUUCAAAUGGUAAUGUCACUGUCUUCAGUGUGCUUUAAUGUCUCUCAACUUAUUUUCAGUUUUGGUGUGGGGAGUCUAUUCAUGAAAUGAUGAUGCAUGCACCGCGAGGUCAUUACAUAUUAGUUCAGUGAAGAUCAAAGUUAACGAAUUGACUAUGUUGUUCCAUGUAUAAGACGAUAACAAGUUACAUCAGAUUAACUUGAUACAAGCCGCAGGGAUGGGGUUAACGGACUGGUGGCAGUCCAAGCACAAAGGCCCGGACCCGAGCACGUCUCCAUCACCCGCAGAGGAGGGCGAAGAAAACCUCGACAUCAAGGAAUUCCAGGAACCAUUUCAGUCCCAGGCAAUCUCGAACGUCACUCCCGAUGAGAACAAGAAUAAACCUAUUGACCAACCGGCGCAGAAAAAAGGAUUUGCAGAGAGAUUUUCUUUCUUCAAAAAACAGACUAAAGAAGUUGAAAUUCCACCAAUGGAUUCAGAAGAUGUUUUUUCUAAUAUUAAAAAGCCAACCAGAAAGGAAGAUACAAACACAAAGAAAGGCAAAAAAUCAAAAGCCGAGGACAAUGCGCCAGAUGUAAAUGACAUGGUGCGUAUCAAAGUAUGGCUUCGUCGGAACAAAAACGAUUCCUUUCGUCCCGCCAAGUUUUGUGAUUGUUUGGUAGACUACUUCGCGUCAGCUGACCAAAGGAACAUCUAUAGCGCUCCCUCCAUCAUCUUCACAAGUAAUCAGCUGCAGAUCCCUCAAGCUCGCGGCAAUCACUCAUCUCAAGACCUCUCGGAAACUUCAAGUCUUCACUCAUCCUCUGAAUAUUUGGCAGCAAGUGGGCUUAGUACUCCGUUUGGGUGCUGCAGCGUGGGCCACAGCCCCAUGCGACUCAACUCGAGACCUGUUAGCAUGAACUCUUGCUGCAAACAUGCGCCCAAGACUGAGGCGAUCAGCGUUUCUGUGGAAUGCAUUCUGCAAGAUAAUAGGGUGCUGAUGCAGCCCGCAGCUGAGGGCGAGAUCGUACAGCGACAUCGGGCUAAGAUUAAAGCUCCGCGUCGGCGCGCCGGCUCGUCUGUUUCGUGCGUCGCGGUUCUCGAGCACCCGCCGUUCUGCUGCGCCCACCGCAUCAGCCCUAAGGACUUCACCGCACUGCCCCUGGACGACAAACAGCGCGGCGUCGACGUGGGGGUGGCUGUGCUGCUGGAAUCCUCCGACGAGCGCAUCCUGAUCACCCGACGAGCGCAGCAUAUGCGCACCUUCCCCGGCGUGUGGGUGCCUCCUGGGGGACACAUAGAGGACGGCGAGAGCAUCAUCGAGGCUGGCAUGCGUGAGGUUUUCGAGGAAACCGCCUUGCGUUUGGUGAAGGGAAAGCAUCCUGAGUCAGUGUUCCUGCAACUGCCCAAUGAAGAUGGCAGCUCGCAGGAUAUGUCAAAUGAGAUCACCAACGAAGACUCAAAUAUCAACUGCUACCGUGUGUUGGGAUUAUGGGAGUCGUGCUUCCCGCCGGUGCUGUACGCAGGCACCCCCAAGAGGCAGCAUCUCGUCUACUACCUCCAUGUCCUCGUCAGCCAGCGCUCCGAGGACAUCGAGCCUCACAUCAAGCUGGAGCGGUCGGAGGUCGGUGCGUCGACGUGGCUGAACCGUCUGCACGCUGAAGUGGUCGCCUACAGCUCCCGCCCCCUGCCGGACAAACCUAUUCCCAUCAAAGUUCUUAACCCUGACACUGGAGCGUCAGAACCCGGGGUUAUGGACCCUAAAGUUCUACGGAAGAAAAUGCCAGAGCCAACGAGGGAAAUAGAGCGACUCACCACUGGCACCAGGUUCGCCUUCAAGCUUUGGCUGGGCAUGAAAGAAGAGGAGGAGGAAAUGAGUACGAUCUGAUGGCCCUCCUGAGCGACAACGAGGCGAGCGUCGCUAAUCCAAAGUUAUUAAACUUAUUUGAAUUAAAUUCUAUGACAUUUUGGUAUAUAUUUAGCGUCCAGUGAGGUAAAAAAGGAUAGCGAUACUUUUUGUUUAACAUACGUGCUGUAGGGUGUAGCUCAAGACUAGUAUAUAAUUUGAAGCUCAAGACUAGUAUGUAUAUACUGUAUCACAGGCGAUGAAUAUCAAUUGUUACAGGGAAAUAGCUGUAUGAAAUUUUUUGAGUAGUUUUCUGAUGUUUAAAUUAAUAUUUCAAAACAUUUUUCCACACUAUUUAAUCAUGAAGACUCCGAUAAUUUCCGAAGGCAUUUUCAAUGGUGCUGUCGUCUAUACAGCCGUCUCAAUCUGGCUGUCCUCGAUUGGUUAGUAAUCACUUUAGAUUUCAAAUUUUACUGAAAUUUCCGGUGCUUAUUCGACUUGUAGCUAUUAUUUCUUCUCUCUGAGCCAUAGUAUAGGCCAGAAUUGUGCACAAAUAUGCUAAUUUGAUUUAUUAUUUUCACGUUUAAAUUUCAGAAUUAUUUUAGCAAAUCGUGAAUUUUCCUGUAUGUCUGUUUGCGAUUAAAGAAUCAGUUCAAUCACAGUCACCACUGCACCGGCAAUAAAAAAAAAAUCAAUUUUAGUAAAAGAAGCAAAAGCCAUUGUGUUAUCAUGAACAGUUUGUGAAGAAACAGCACGUUAAAGUUGGGAACCAACAACCAAAUUAAUAGCCUGAAUAGCAGCAAGAAGACACAAAUGAAGCAGACGUAAAAGCAAAAGACACGAAAAAGCAGAAACAAAAACAAACAGAUAUCAAAGAAGAAACACAAAAGAGCAAAUACAAAUUCAACAACCGCCAUAUUUUAAAACAAAUUUUAUAAAAUAGAAUUAACAUGGGAAGUCGUUGAAAUUUUCGUCAUCAUGGACGCUGCUCCAGUCUACGAUUGCGCGAAUAAUUUUACGCUGACGGUUUGUUCGUAAAUAAUUGCUUUCGGGGCGGAAUUCAGGCAUGCAAUUUGAAGGCGUCGGAGCGUUUUGCUAAUUUCAAUGCAAAUGUUCUGACGCGACAGACGUAAAUAUUUCACUAAGAGUUCCCGCAUAUUUAAGAUCCCUUAAUUAGGCUGCUCGUCAGCGUUUGACGAACAGUCGUUCUUUUAAAGGCAUAAUUUAAAUAAAAAGACAUAAGAAGACCAUUUUAACGAUUCAAAAUUAAGUAAUAUUCAUUGAAGGGAGCGCAAUUUUGAACAAUAUUAUAAGCGCAACUGCUCCUAAUCCUAAUUGACGAAGAAAAUGAAUUAGAGAAAAUUGACGGAGAACAUGAUUGUUUACGAAACCAUAAUGGAGAUUCAUGUUAUAUACUCAGUUUUUCACAAGAUAGAUGUGCGCGCAGGAUCUGAUUAAUAUAUUUCAUUUGAUUAUUUUAACUACUGUAUUUCAUAUUUUAUGAGUAUAAUUGGUCAGAAUUGUGCAUAGAAAUUGCAUAAAUUACAAUUAAAAUU